GUUAACCGUCCGGAGAAGGGCAGGAAAAGGAAGUCAUCCACCGAUCGUGGUCAGCUGGCUUCUCCUCUCUGACACCACAAAUCCAGCUAACUUCAGAGGUGCAGACCUGUCAAUCACCCUCAUCACCGUCCAGUCAAAGCCAGGAGAAAAGGAGAGGGCAGGGCAUGGACUGGCUUGGCCGUUGCUAUGCAUGAGCGAGUGCCAUGGUGUCCAUGGAGACCAAGGGCUAUACUGACCUCCUGGAGACCAGCGAUGGGCAGGAGUCGGGACUUUUGGAGAGAGGGGACGUGUCGGGGACUGAGGAGGGCUGGAGCGUCCCCUUACCCCUGGGCUUCCAGGUGUCCCUCACCACCGUGCUGAUGCUGGAGCUGGUGCUCGGCUUCAGCAGCAACCUGACCGUGCUGGUGCUCUACUGCGCCCAGUCCAACCUGGUUGACUCAGUCAGCAACAUGGUUACGGUCAGCUUGCACGUGCUGGACAUCCUGGUGUGUGUGCUGUGUCUGCCGCUGACCGUGGCGAUCAUCCUGCUCCCAGUGGACGGUAGUGGCGGGGGCAUCCUGGCUACGCUGUGCUGCUUCCAUGAGGCCUGCGUCACCUUCACCAGUGUGGCCACGGCCAUCAAUGUGCUGGUCAUCAGCCUGGACCGCUACGACAUCACCGUCCGUCCAGCCACGCGGCUGCUGACCCCGCGACGUGCUGCACUCCUCCUGGCUGCCGUUUGGGCCAUAUCACUGGCCGUCUUCUUCCUGCCCUUCCUGGAGGGGGACUUCUUCUCAAUGGGGUCUGACGCGGAAGACAACGAGAUUGGAGGAGCGUGGCAGAACCGGACACUGCUAUGUGUGGGUGGGCAGGGCUACCACACGGGCCUGGCCAUGUACUACCACCUCCUCCUGCAGGUGCCCUGCUUCUUCAUCGCCGUGGUCGUCAUGUUGUUCACAUACUCCCGCAUCCUGCAGGCCCUCAACAUCCGCAUCGGCACCCACAUAAAGAGGGGCCCACGGGCCUCCAAUAAGGACUCAGGCUGCAGGAUCCGCAGGCGGAGACAAAGGAGGAAGGGACUGAGUCUGGCCACAGAGGGGAGAGCGACCCCUAACCCCACUGACGACAUCUCCCCCCCACCGGCGGCGGCAGACCGCCCAGGCGUCCAGGCUUCUGUGUCGGCCAUCAUCGCCCUGAGGAGGGCAGUGAGGCGCCACCGGGACCGGCGGGAGCGCCAGCGGAGAGUCUUCAAGAUGUCCCUGAUCAUCAUCUCCUCUUUCCUGGGCUGCUGGGCUCCUCUGUCCAUGGUGAACAUGUUGAUACUGUGCCUGGGCCCCAGCGAUGGCCUGGUACGUGUGAGACUCUGCUUCCUGGCCAUGGCAUACGGCACCACCAUCUUCCACCCGCUGCUCUAUGCCUUCACCAGGCAAAAGCUGCGUAAAGCGCUGAAGACCCAUGUCAAGAAGAGGGUGGUGUCCCUGCUGCAGGUGGACCCGGCGCCCAACGGAGGAGCUGUUAUUCACAACUCCUGGGUGCAGGGGGGUGGACAGAGGAAGGGACGCAAGCCCCGACUGGAGGGCAGUGACGCCACCAGUAACUGCCUAACAGUGGCUGUGAGAGAAUGAGAGGCCGUGCAGCUGUGUGUGUGCGUGCGUAUACAAGCGAGCUUGCAUGGGUGUACAGUGUGUGAUAGUUGACAAAGGUCACACUACAUCAUCAGCACCUCCCUCCAUCCAGAUGUGUGAUGAUGGCAGGUGGGCCCAGAGCUCUAAUUAACAUCAGACCUGCUCUAUGAUCUAUGUACACAGCUCUUCAUUAGUCCCCCAGUUAACGACAAGAUGGCCACUCCUUCUCCAUGGCAAUGCCAAGCUACAAAGCAAUAUGUGAUAUCACCUGCGUUGCCGCAACCUUAGUUACUGUAGAUAUACAUCCCAGUAUAGGUACAGAGCAAAAAUAUCCACACACAUUGAUCAAGCUGUUGUCAUUCACGGAACAAGUGAACACAUCUACCUGCUCACAGAUCUCAAUGAGAGUCAAUAUCCAGUAACAGUUUAUCAUUUGAUUAGUCAUGCAUUAAAGGUGAAGUUUUAUUUUUUACAACCUAUUUUUGAUGUACUGUAAAUGGCAUGUUAUAGAAGGAUCCUGACACCAUUUUUGUGAUUUCAUGUUUGUUUGUUUUUACUUCCCCCAAACAGCAAAUUGCUUCCUCAUCCUCAUUGUGUAGUAUGAGGUCCCCGAAAAAAUAUGAACAAAGGCUCCAAAAACACCCAAAUUAAAUAAAAUGUU